UCUACAUCACUCUGUGUCAAACGUUAUUAUCGCAUCGAAUUCCAUCCUUAUCACCCCGCUGCCGCGCCCCUAGAAACUCGUCAUAACUCCCCCGUAUUUUCCACCGAUUAUUCCAACCAAGUGCUGUUGCCAGCCUCCAUUAUUCGUUCGUAAGGUUGGGAGGGUUUCGUUGCCAACUUCAAAGUAAUCAAACAGACGCGCGCCAAUACUCGGCGUACUGUUCGUCAAUCCCCCCGAAUUCAGUGUCACUUUAAUUCUCUUUUAAUCGUCCCAAUAAAAUUCAAGAAUUACCGUUCACCACCUGCCCGAGGAGCACCGACCGAUUUCCCCCUGAAACCGCUGAAUUACAGUUGACUCGGGUGUCAUUCCGACGGCCAUAACCUGCAAACAUGAGUUUAUUUUCCCUCGGUCGGUUUUCCUCGUCGACCCCCGAAGAGACGAAGAGUGCGACAGCCCAUGUGAAUUAAUUAAAAAGUAAAUAAUAAUACUACAGGUCGUGGGGUGUUCCCCCGACAGCCCACCUAUAAGUGAAAUACAACAACAGCGUCCCAUCAAUGACAAUAGACCGUGCAAAGGUUGAAGGAAGAAAGGAAGAAAAUAUAAAACACCACAGAGUCUCAAACAGUCCUGCCAACCCACCACCAGCACUGCACAGUUGCAGCCACGAAAAACAAGAACCCUCGAUCCGACGAUUGUCAACAUUUCCAUUGCAUCAGAGGGCAGACGAUACUAUAGCUAAUCUACAUCGCUCAGCACCCGCGUAGCGGAAAAAGUGGAAACAAUAUUGUGGUUAGGGGACAGCCGCCGUGAUGGUUUAAUGGUUGCGUUCAACGUAGGAAACUCGCGCGCGGACUUUUCACGCUCUAAAAAAUAAUACCCCAGGCGAUUGAAACAAAAGUUUACGCGAAAAGUGGUGUUACUGUAAAGUGUGGAUAUCCUGGUGGUUCGAUAGUGCGGCGAAUGGCAAUUUUAAAAAAUUUAUUUUCAACCGAGUAACAGGAAGCCCGAUUGCAAAUAUCACCAGCUAGCUCGAAACGCCGGGAGGUUAGUCCAACUUACAAAGGGUGACUAUCUAGAUGGUAUACUUCAAGUUCGUGUGUACAAAGUGACAAUACUUGGUGAAGGUUUUUCGACCGUGAUCUCGUAACGAGUGUUUAUUGUCCAGCCAUUGAAUUGUGGAGAGCUAGAUUCGUGGGUCCAUCAGAUUAUGACGUAGCCGUAAAUAUAUACAUAUGAGAUAGAUAGAUUGGGACAUACAUAUAUACACACUCGUAUAAAUAGAUAGGUGCAUAUAGGGUUAGUGUGGAUUUUGACAAAUAAUAACAGAGGCGAGAUAUAUUUAUGAGAGGAGAUACACAAUUUUCGUAGAUUGAGGGGACAAUAUAGCGAUAGUUUGGGGCAAUCUGCUCGUAGGGUAAUACGGUGGGCAUGAAAAAAUGAUGUGAUCGACGGUCAUCAUGGCGGCACCCAUGUUAAAGUGGAAACGAAUCACAAAUCCAACUGGACCUCAGCCCCGGCCCAGACAUGGACAUCGGGCUGUUGCCAUCAAGGAUCUCAUGGUUGUCUUUGGCGGUGGUAAUGAGGGAAUAGUCGAUGAACUUCAUGUUUACAAUACAGCAACCAACCAAUGGUUUGUGCCCUCGACAAAAGGCGACAUUCCCCCAGGAUGUGCCGCCUACGGUUUCGUGGUAGACGGAACGCGAAUCCUCGUAUUCGGUGGAAUGGUAGAGUACGGAAAGUACUCGAAUGAAUUGUACGAGCUCCAGGCCAGUAGGUGGGAGUGGAAAAGGCUCAAGCCAAAGCCACCGAAGAACGGCCAGCCCCCCUGCCCAAGGCUAGGACACAGUUUCACACUGAUUGGAAACAAAGUCUUCCUCUUCGGAGGCUUGGCCAAUGACAGUGACGAUCCCAAGAACAAUAUCCCACGAUAUUUGAACGAUCUUUACACUCUGGAGCUUCUCCCCAAUGGACAGACCAGUUGGGAAGUGCCGCAGACACACGGACCUGCUCCACCUCCUCGGGAGUCCCACACAGGUGUCGCUUAUACUGAUCGCACUACUGGAAAAUCAUGUCUCGUUAUUUACGGGGGUAUGAGUGGAUGUCGUCUCGGGGAUUUGUGGUUUUUGGACGUCGACUCUAUGACGUGGAAUAAACCGGUGAUACACGGACCAACUCCUCUACCGCGUUCUCUCCACACAGCUACCCUCAUCAAUCAUCGAAUGUAUGUUUUUGGUGGAUGGGUACCUCUUGUCGUUGAUGAUGUCAAAGUUGCAACGCAUGAGAAGGAGUGGAAGUGUACAAGCACACUUGCUUGUUUAAAUUUGGAAACAUUGACAUGGGAACAACUUCAAGUAGAUUCGCUGGAGGAGAAUGUACCUCGAGCACGUGCUGGGCACUGUGCAGUAGGCAUUCACAGUAGACUAUACGUGUGGUCUGGCCGUGAUGGUUAUCGUAAAGCAUGGAACAACCAGGUUAGGGUCUGCUGCAAGGACCUCUGGUACCUGGAAGUGAGCAAGCCCCCAGCGCCCUCGAGAGUCCAGUUGGUGCGCGCCUCGACGAAUUCCCUGGAAGUCAGUUGGACCUCAACCCCAUCAGCCCAGUACUACAUCCUCCAGAUCCAGAAGUACGACAUGCCACCAGCGACAGGAUCAUUCCCAGCAGUGGCAGCACCAAACUCCAUACCAUCGCCAGCAGUCCCGACCCCACCGAUGCCAGCAGUACCAUUGACAACCCCAACAACUCUGAUAAAACAACUGCCCCCAGCACCAGUCCCAGUAGUCCAACCAGCAGCUCCAAUCGCACCUCCAGCGAUAGCUGUUUCCACCCCAGUGGGAAUGAGCAUUCCCCCAAUAACUGUCACCUCAGCAGUUGUGCGUCCAACUGUUCCCCAAAGUCCAAUGCGCAUAACGCCAGUCCAAAAUCCGGGCCAAAGAGCAAUAUCAACAGUGGUGAAGCCCCCGAGUCCAAUGGCCCCACGAAGUGCCACUGGAAAUGUCAUCAGGAUACGCUCCCCACUGAUCACUUCAACCACAUCAGUCGCCUCAGCGACAGAACAGCUGUCAGCAGGCACUCAACCCCUGCCUGCCAACAAAACAGGUCAAUCAACAGCCAUGUCUGGUAUAGCAGCCCUGGCAGCGGCAGCAGCAGCAACUCCAAAAAUCACUAUGAACAAUGUGCCAAGUGGUACCGUUGUCCCCCAGCCAACCACAAACACCGUCCGGAUGAAGGCUGUCCAACCAGGCCAGCAGAUACGUUUCGCAACCCCAGGUGCCACUGUCCUCCGAGCAUCAUCCCCCCAACAGAGUAAACAGAUAAUCCUCCAGAAGCCUGGCCAGAACAUAAGUGGCCAGCCACAGAUAGUCCAUGUACUGAAAACAGGCCAGGGUAUGAUGGCUGUGCCGAAAGUUAGUUUAAUACCAGGAAAAACAGUUCAAGCAGCUGGUGGAAAGCCCCUGAACCAGGGGCCGACAAUUCUUCGACUCGUCAACCCGAAUACCGUAGCUGGAUCGAAAAUACUGACGACAAUGAAGACGUCGAAUUUAGUGACGAUGAGCAAGGGACAGGGAAUCGCUGGAAAGCAAACGAUCAUGAUAACGAAACCUGGUGGUAAUGGGGGUCUAGUUGGCAGGACGAAUCAGAUUAUUGUGGUGACAACUGGGUCUGGAUUGAGGGCAGUUCAAGCUGUCACGACGUCCCAAGCAGGACAGGGAGGACCAAUAACAACGUCAGUGAAUGUUCUUCCAAUGUCAGCAGCUAAUCACGUCACCAAUCAGCAGGGAGUCAAGAUGAUUGUUGUGUCAUCAGGGGCCAUGGGAGGUGGUGUGAGUGGAAAGCCAAUAACAAUAACAGUGCCAGGCCAUGGUGGAAUCCCGAAAACCGUGACAAUAGCGACGAAGGGGAGCCAACAGGCCCUCUUCAACCCCUCUAAGAGUCAAAUUGUCACUGUGCCACAGAUGCAAAAGGCCCAGGAUGGCAAGCCACUGACCCUCCAGAUGGCUGGGGGACUUGGAAAGACUGUGACUCUGAUGCCAACGAGCAGUUCAAUCGUCACAAUGACUAGUACGUCAGGAUCAGACUCUAUUGACACCAGUAAAAUGCUCUUCGUGCCGCAGAAGCAGCCCUCAGCCUCUCUAACAUCGACGUCUGAUGGACCAGCCACGACAGAUGCUGCACUGGCUGCUCUAGCUGCUGAAGCAGGACUCAUGGAUCCUGUUCAGGAAUCACCUGAACUCAAUUUCAUGGUGGCUGACGAUGCUGAUGCUGAAGUCAAAACUGAGGACAGUUGCAAUGGGAAUGAACAGAAUACCACGAAUAUUGUGUCACAAUUGGCUGCUGGCGAGGCCAUGCAAGUCGAUAAUGAUGGGAAUUUUAUUAUACCACAAGUUGAUGGCCCAGGGGACGUGCUUUCUGAUGAUGAGGAGCUGCCAGAGAGUGAAACUGAUGGUCUUCAGCCAUCUGCUGUUACGAGUGAACUGAGGACCGAAGAGAAUCAAGAUAUAUCUGAUGUUAUUGAUUCUGCCAUAACUGACGAGGCUCCUCAGGUCGAGGAAGCUGCCGAGAAGAAGGUCGAAGGGACUGAGGGAGGGCAGGAGGAAGGGGAACAAACAGUCAAUGAUGAAAAACCGUCGAUGAAGAUGGAAGAAGUAGAAAAAGAGACGAAUGCUCCUGAUGAAGUGCCGAGUGAGGAGGCUGAACCGAAUCUCCCUGCUGAGACUGAUAUGUCCAUCACUGCUGAUACCGAUGCUCCUGAGGAUCCAGUGAAAUCUGAGCCUCCAGAAGCCGAGGCAAUUGACUCUGCAAUGAAGGAAGAAAGUUUUGAUGACAAAUUAAAAACAGAAGUGGAGCCUAAUAACUCUGAUACCCCAGGGAAUCCAGAAACCCUGCAGGAAAUUGACGAAGCGCUCAAGGUUGAGGAAAAGGAAUUGAACAAAGAGGAGAAUGAAAGUUCGGAGCAUCAGAUGGAGCUGGACAAGCUCACGGAGGACAUCAAGGAGCAAGAGCCUAGUGCUGAUGAGUCACUGAUGAAGAUGGGGGUUGAGGACUCGAUAACAUCAGAGCCGACUCCAGCAGCUGUGGAGAAACCGAUAAAAGUGGAACCCUCGGUGGAGGCGAUGGAUGGUGAGCGAGUAUCUGGCAUAUCAGCUGACGAGCAGGGGAAUGCAACUAAUGAGCCGAUGGACUCGCAAUUAGAUGCUGAGAAAGUCGAUGUUAAUAAGGCGAUAAAGUUUGAGAUAAAGGCGGAGAAAGUGGAGAGUGGAGAGAGUAAAAAUGAGACGCAGAAGGAAACGAGGGAGAGCGAUGACUCCACUGCACUGUCUACACUUGCCUCAGCAGCUCUGGGAUCUGCUGAGCAGCCGGUUAAAGCAAAAGUUAAUGAGGAGGAGAAGAAAUUGGACAGUGAUUGGUACGAUGUAGCUGUGACUAAAGCAACGACGUUUACAGUGCAGCAUUAUUAUCUCGCUGGUGAUACAAAUUCUCUCGAGCUGCUCCAACCCCUGCCAGAUAUAUUCAAGGGAAGGAGUAAAAUAACUCUGGAGUCGGGGACUGCUUACAAGUUUCGAGUUGCUGCGGUCAAUAGUUGUGGUCGCAGUCCUUGGAGUGAGGUGUCAGCAUUCAAGACUUGUUUGCCGGGCUUUCCUGGGGCACCAAGUGCGAUAAAAAUUUCAAAAUCAGCGGAAGGUGCUCAAUUGACGUGGGAACCACCACCCAGCAAUCUUGGUCCAAUUCUCGAGUACUCGGUUUAUCUUGCGGUUAGAAGUGCCAGUGCUGUCUCUAGUAAUGCCAGUGAAGCAACCACUGUAGCAACAACACCAACGCAAUUGGCCUUUAUUCGUGUCUACUGUGGUGCCACCAACUCGUGUUCCGUUCCAAACAGUUCGCUGAGUGCUGCACACAUGGAUGUCACGACGAAGCCUGCUAUUAUAUUCAGAAUAGCUGCGAGAAAUGAUAAAGGAUAUGGACCAGCUACUCAAGUCAGGUGGCUGCAAGAUCCAACAACAGUAGUGAAAAGUAAUCCACAAGUUAAGAGACCAGUAACAGAUGUUCGCUCCCAAUCAAACUCACCAUUGAAGAAAGUGAAACCAGAGCCAACGGGUGAUCAUUUUUCGUGAAUCAGCAUCACAAUCAUUGCUCCAGGUUACCACCUGAAUGCCCAAAAAAGAAUAUUUCAUCAAUUUACCUCCCUCUUUUCCGUUCGACUCUUUUAUUCUGGCUGAUGCGCACGUCUUGUCGAUCUUUAGUUUUUAUUAUUAUUAUCAUUAUCAUUAUUACUAUUCUUACUAUUAUAAAAUAAACAAAACCAUGUUCAUUGGUCAGUUGGUACGAGAAAUGAGGUGUGUGUGUGUGUGGGAAUUUAAAAUAUUACCAUUUGCUACAAAUCUCGGAAUGUGACCUCCACUGUGAAAAAUCAGAUUAUAUCUACAUAUGUAUCUGUCUCUUUGAAACGCACUGUUUUUAUCAGAAAGAAAGGAAAAGAGAGUUAUUUUGAGGUACACCAAGUGUUCGAAUUUUGAAAAUGGCGCAAAUGCCGCAUUGUUUUGUCCAUUGUCACUUUCUUUGAUACGAGUAUUCAUGUAUAAAUGGCAAUAAUUAUUCAGAAAAAAGGGAAUAUACUUCAAAGUAUAACUAAUGAAACGAUAUUAAUAAAUUACAAGACAUAAGGAA